GUGUACUAACACGAAGCAGUAUGGACGGACAGACGAGAACACACGGGAAAUGUUUUCACUGUUUUUUGAGGUUAACUUAUCGACUCAAGAUGGCAGCACCUGUGCUACGUCAAUAAUCACGUAGUAGUGGUAUAACAGUAAUAUCGUGAUCCUUCGACCAAACUGUUGUGUACGUACGUGUGUACGUGCGUGCAUUGCGCGUCGUUAACUACUUUCGAGGUUAUGUUCGGUUUUCGAGUAGUGUUUUGAAAAAUGCACGAUCCACCUACGAUUUCUCUGUUUCGCGUAGGAAAACAUAUCGAUGUAGUGGCACUCCGAUUAGUAUAGUAAUCAAAAUAUAUUGAAGUGCGACAUGUGCAAUACUAAAGCAUGCUUUUCACCCAGAGAAAGAUGAAGCAGAUUGCUCUUUCCAUCAUUUGUGUUGUUUUAGUUUUAGGAUUCUACAAAAGUUUAGUAAAUACAGAAGAGGAGGAAAAUUUUCUUACGGUUCGUCAAAAUGGUAACAAGGUAGAACGUAGUAAAUUUCCAAACAACGAAAAUGAUAACAAUUUGAUAAAAGACAAAAUGGAAAAUGAAAAAGAAGAUAGUAUUAAACUUACCCUUAUUAAUGACGAUAUCAAGGACAUCGAGGAAGCUAAGAUUCGUAUAAGCGAACUCGAAGGUAAAUUACGUUACCUCGAAGCUAAAAUCGAGAAUCGCGUGCCGAAGAAUUUUCCUACGGUUAAGUUCCUCAAUUAUAAGAAUCGAAAAAGGAUAUUGGUUACUGGUGGAGCUGGUUUCGUUGGUUCCCAUUUGGUCGAUCGUUUGAUGUUAGCCGGUCACGAAGUUAUAGUUGUAGAUAAUUUUUUUACCGGACGCAAAAGAAACGUUGAACAUUGGGUUGGCCAUGAAAAUUUUGAAUUGGUUCAUCACGACAUCGUCAGACCAUUGUAUUUGGAAGUCGAUGAAAUCUAUCAUCUUGCUAGUCCUGCUAGUCCACCUCAUUACAUGUUGAAUCCAGUUAAAACGAUUAAAACUAAUACAUUGGGUACUAUUAAUAUGUUAGGACUCGCCAAGCGAGUUGGCGCACGUGUAUUAAUCGCAAGUACGUCCGAAGUUUAUGGGGAUCCUAACGAGCAUCCGCAGACGGAAACUUACUGGGGUCACGUUAAUCCUAUCGGUCCAAGAGCGUGUUAUGACGAAGGAAAAAGAGUAGCUGAAACGUUAAGUUACGCCUACAUGAGACAAGAAGGUGUGUCAGUACGAGUGGCACGAAUUUUUAAUACUUUUGGUCCAAGAAUGCACAUGAACGAUGGAAGAGUCGUAUCGAAUUUUAUUCUCCAAGCAUUGCAAAACGAUUCGAUCACCAUUUAUGGUAAUGGAAAGCAAACAAGGUCUUUUCAGUACGUCACAGAUUUGGUAGAUGGAUUGGUUGCCUUGAUGGCUUCUAAUUACACCUUACCCGUAAAUAUAGGCAAUCCGGUUGAACAUACCAUCGAAGAAUUCGCGUUUAUUAUAAAGGAUUUGGUCGGUGGUACGAGUAAAAUAGUUGAAUUAGCCGCAGUAGAAGACGAUCCUCAAAGAAGAAGGCCUGAUAUUAGCAGAGCAAAAAAAUAUUUAAAUUGGCAACCAAAAGUUCCUUUAGCCGAGGGUUUGAAAAAGACGAUCAUGUAUUUCGCGAAAGAAUUGCAAAGAACGAUGCACUCUCAAAAGGAUAGUAUUAAACAUUCGUCAUAUAAAAAUGAUCAUGAUAUAAUAGAUCAUCUUUAAAAAUAAAAAAAAAUAAAAAAUAAAAUAAUAAUAAUAAAAACCAAAUGAUAUUUGUUCUCAUCUAUGUUUUACAUGUGUAAAACCCAUCAUUAUCAAGUGACACGAGUUUAAAGUCACUGAGUCAUGGACCACUAUGUGCCAAAACAUUUAGUCCCGUCCAAUUUUUGGAUUGUACGAAAGAUGAAUAUGUUUAUUGACACAUUAAUUAAUCACUAAUUAAUGACGAAUUCUUAAUAAUAUGGAAUUGUGAUUUCUAAUACUACUAACAAUAAGAUUUUAACGGGGAUUCGGUUAGAUUUAAUUAAAUAUUGUUUUAUUGUUAGAAAUGAACAAUUUAUUGUCUCUAAUAAUUUUUAUUUAUUAAUAUUAAAAUAUCAAACAAAAUUUCAACAUAUGUGUAAGCGUCUUGAAUUACCUAAGUAAAUUAACGAACUUACAUUAAUUGUGUUCUCAAAUGUCAAUAAUAUACAAC